AUGGUUUGCAAAACCUGUCACCAGCAGUGGAACCAGUGCCGACACAGCAUAGUGGCGGACCUUCUGUCCCAGCAGCAAAGUAGAUCUUUCUGCUUCUCUGAGUUACUUCUUCCUUCUUUAAAUCGUCAAGUUUACUUCAAAAAAAUCAUUCUCAUUUGUUCCUCAAUAUCCAUGUUAUGGGGUCUCUUGUUGCCCAGGAUGUACCGCCCCCUGCUACGUUUCUUCAUUGCUUCUUUGCCCGUGUGGUUGGCAACGCAUGGUGCCAAUGAAGGAGAAUGCGCCAGCAUCGUUGUGACUACGGAAUUGCCUUCAGAAUUUGAAACACUUACCAAUACAGGCUUCUCUGUCCCUGUUCAAAGAGGUCGGCGAACAGCACUACGCUUGUGGACGCUGUUCGUCGUGGCGGCCGCUCUCGCUGUGACAUUUUUAGUGAUGAAGUGCUUCAAUGGUCUCCGAGCAGGAAAAAAAGCAGAGUAUGGCACGCGAAGACUUGCAGAAGCUCCUGACGACUCUUGUUUUGUAAGCGCUGCUGAAAAACGUAGUCUGAAAAUGAGCUGUAGCCUUUGGGCACCUCACGGUUGUCCCUCAACUCUGAAAUAUGAUGUUUCACAAGUGUGGUGCUGA